UGUGGGAGAGCGGGGCCUCUGUUGGCCCAGGCCGUGACCUUCAAAGAGUGGACCCUCCUCCUCCCCCUGUCCCUAACCCUGCCCUGACCCGGGACGCCGACCCCCGGCCCCGCGCCGACCGGGGACCCCGCCCUCGAAGGCAGGUCUCCGCACCCACGCCUGGCCAUUCGGGGACACCCAGGGCGAGCGGAGGGAGUCCCCAGACCCGGAGCGGGACGUCGGGGAGCCCCACGCCCUCCUCCCCUUGCCAGGUAUCAGCCACGCGGGUCUCGUCCUUCCCCCCAUAUCACUGCAGUUCUGCAUGAGACAGGACACAGCUCCGGUUUAAAAACCAGACCCCCAGUGCGCUUGCAGAAGCGGCCGUGCACCGGAGCAGCUCUUGGCCGGGAGAAGGCCGGCCGCACGCGUUUCUGUGUAUUUGAUUGAAAAGAGCUCAUCCCCGAAAUGAGGCCUGUGGCGGCGCGGCAUCAUCUCAGUAUGGACCCUAGAGUAAAGGAGGCGCACGUCUACAGCCUCUCGUUUAUUCCCCUUCGUUUCAUAAUCUUAUUUUCUCUUUCUGGUGGGAAGUUGGGUUAUUUGGGAAUGCCAGCUAGAGAGAAACGUGGGCUUCCAGAAGGGAAUGUUCAAACCAGCAGUCCUGGAACUGUGCUGUGGUAGAUAAAUUCAACCUGAACUAAAAAGCACAGUGGACCUUCAAGUAAAAGACAGCAGGGUCUUGGCAAAAUUUUCAAGGCCCUCGCAGAUUCUUACAGAUGAUAAUUCAGGCGGAUCUAGAACGUCUUCAAUUCCAGCUGUCUUUUGACUGUGGCUCCACAGGACUAAUCUGCCCCCGGCCUCCUGAGGGGAAGAAACCACCAAGAUGGCAUUGGUGGAUUUCAAGACCUACGUGGAUCAGGCAUGCAGGGCUGCCGAGGAGUUUGUCAACAUCUACUACACCACCAUGGACAAGCGGCGGCGUCUGCUGCCCCGGCUGUACAUGGGCACUGCCACGCUGGUGUGGAACGGAAACGCCAUUUCCGGACAGGACUCCCUGAGCGAGUUUUUUGAAAUGUUGCCUUCCAGUGAGUUCCAAGUCAACGUGGUAGACUGUCAGCCUGUCCCCGAUGAGGCCACACCAAGCCAGACCACGGUCCUCGUUGUGAUCUGUGGGACGGUGAAGUUCGAGGGCAACAAACAACGGGAGUUCAACCAGAACUUCAUCCUGACCGCCCAGGCCUCAUCCAGCAACAUGGUGUGGAAGAUUGCGAGUGACUGCUUCCGCUUUCAGGACUGGGCCAGCUAGUGGGGGCAGGGGAAGCCUCCCCGCAUCAGCCCCGCAGCGUGGAGAAGCGUUGGGAGCACGGGCUCGUUUCUGCUGUUGCAAAGAUGCUGCAGGUGACAGUAUCCUGAGGCUGAGAACUCUGUGUUAGCUCAAAUUCUAGGAGCCCCUUUUCUGAACAUAUCCUAAUUUGUCAGAGUUGCCUUUGAAAUUAGGGAAGUUUUGUAUUUUUUUACUUGCCCCACAGAGACUCUGGUUCUGGAAAUUCCAACUAAACAGCAAUACAGAUGUUGCUUUUUCUGCCUUG